AUGAGCAUAUUUGUGGAUCGUGUUCUCCCUGAGUCGUGCAACAACAGCACCCCUAGAGUGAAUCCCCCCACCACCGGCGAGAGAUGGCAGUGCUGCUGCAUUGUUACCACGAUCAUCGUGAUAGCAGCCGGGAUUAUAAUUGAUGUAGUCAUGUUGCCAGUGAAAACGCCCAAGCUCGGUAUGGUGGGAGCCAUGUUGACGAGCCUCAGCGUUGGAACGCCGCAGAAUCCGUGGCUGCAGGCCGACAUAACCGCCGAGUUGGCGGUGAACAAUCCCAACUUCGUCCCCUACGACUACCGCAACACCACCCUCGACUUCUUCUACGAGGGGGCUAUGGUGGGCCAGGUUCCCAUCCCCGCCUCCGGGGUUGCCAAAAGAUCCACCAAGACGAUGAUCCUUAUCGCGCCCCUUUUCUUGAACGCCGCUGAGCUCUCGGCCGAUUUGAGCCUGGGGGUGGUGCGGAUCACGAGCUCGGCUGGGAUGAGAGGGAGAGUCAUCGGCACGAAGAGAUCGACUAAUUAUUUGAUAUGCGUAAUGCAAAUUGUGACGGCUACGCAGAGCAUUACAAAUUUACUCUGCCAAUGA